AUGGCGAUGUGGUACGCGCUAGGAAUUGCUUUCUUUGCCGCUAUCGGCACGUUCUUGUUUGGCUUCGAUACAGGUAUCGCGACAACGACAAUUGCCCACCAAAGCUGGAUCGAUUAUAUGCAAAAGCCGUCAAAUGGUCUCACAGGAGCUGUGGUGGCAGUCUACAUUGCGGGCGAAGCCCUCGGCGCCCUUACCCAAACCUUCAUCGGCGACAAACUCGGCCGCAUCCGCUUCAUGCAAAUGAUGUGCAUAAUCGUCACAAUCGGCACGGUAAUCCAAACAGCCUCUGUCAACAUCGGCAUGUUCCUCGCUGGUCGCGCCCUAGCCGGAUAUGCAGUCGGUGGCCUGGUCGCAACAGUCCCAAUCUACCUCAGCGAAAUAUCAGACCCGCGGUACCGCGGCCUGAUCGGAGGAAUCUCAGGCUGUGGCAUCUCUUUCGGAACAAUGAUGUCGAAUUGGGUCGGGUAUGCGUGCAGCUAUGCGCCGUAUGGACCUGUGCAGUGGCGCCUGCCACUAGGAAUCCAGAUCCCGUGGGGAAUUAUCAUGUUCAUUGGACUCGCGACGUUCAUGCCGAACUCGCCGAGACAGCUUAUUCGAUCUGGAAAGCUUGAGUUGGCGAGAAGUGAAUUCGCGAGGAUUCGUCGCGGUCUGGUGCUGCAUGAAAUGGAGGAAGAGUUUGGGCUUAUGCAAGCUCAGAUUGAGUAUGAGAUGGAGCGGGAGCUUAGCUCUUACCGAGAGAUAUUCAAGGUUUUCAGACAUCGAGUCCUUGUAUCGAUUGCUGUACAGACGAUGACAAGUUUGACCGGUGUUAAUGUCAUUCAGUAUUACCAGACAACUCUGUAUAAGAGUCUUGGAAUCGGCUCGCAUACGAUUCUCGCUUUGGCUGCCGUCUAUGGUACCGUCGCUUUCAUCUCUAAUUCUCUCACGACCAAGUACAUGACCGAUCAAUGGGGUCGUCGCAAGAUGUUAAUUGCUGGAUUGGCUGGUAUUAUCCUUAUCGAGAUCUACGCCGCCGUGAUGCAAAGAUGUUUCCAGAACACGGAUAAUCGCAUUGGAAAGGGAUUCGCGAUCCUCGGAAUCUACCUGUUUGUCGUCUGCUACUACGGCAUGCUCAACAGUACCACAUGGCUAUAUGGCGCCGAGGUACUCCCUAUUGCUCUUCGCAGCAAGGUAAUGGGCAUUGCAGCUUCCUCACACUUCAUCGUAAACGUUGCCAUCACCGAGGCUGGCCCCAGUGCUUUUGCCAACAUCCACGAGAACUAUUAUUACGUCUUCGUUGCAUGUUCCGCAUUCUUCUUGGCGAUUGCUUACUUCUAUUUCCCUGAAACAAAGCAGAAGACACUAGAAGAAGUAGCUGCUGCAUUUGGUGACCGUGUCGUUGAUCAGGAUGAGGGUGCCAAGCGGGCAGUCAGUGUCGUUGGCGAGGCUCAGCAUAUUGAGUCCACUGAUGGGACAGCGAAGGCAGUCUGA